UAUAAAUUGGAGUAGGGUUUCACUUGGACACAGCCGACUACCGAACUUACUCACGAGGCAGCCACCGGAAUUCUUACUUGAAGCAGAAGAGAGUACUUGAUCAUUUAUAAAUGGCACCUACAUUCUAUGUUGGUUCGGAAGCUGGUCUCAAGAAGCUUGAUGAGUACCUUUUGUCUCGCAGUUACAUCACUGGGUACCAAGCUUCAAAAGAUGAUCUCACCGUUCAUGCUGCUUUCACAAAAUCUCCAUCACCCCAAUAUGUGAAUGUAUCUCGAUGGUUCAACCAUAUUGAGUCCCUUCUGAGAAUUUCUGGUGUCUCUGCUGAAGGAAGUGGCGUUACUGUAGAGGGGUCUGCUUCUUUCCCAGAAGAGGCUAUUGCAACUCCUCCUGUUGCUGAGACAAAGGCUGCAGCUGAUGAGGAUGAUGAUAGUGAUGUGGAUCUUUUUGGUGAGGAGACUGAAGAGGAAAAGAAGGCUGCUGAAGAUCGUGCAGCUGCAGUGAAGGCAUCUGGAAAGAAGAAAGAAUCCGGCAAGUCUUCAGUCCUAUUGGAUGUAAAGCCUUGGGAUGAUGAGACCGACAUGAAAAAGCUUGAGGAGGCUGUCAGAAGUGUUCAUUUGGAUGGCUUGCUUUGGGGCGCAUCAAAGUUGGUACCAGUUGGGUAUGGAAUCAAGAAGCUCCAGAUCAUGAUGACCAUUGUCGAUGACUUGGUGUCUGUCGAUACACUCAUUGAAGAAAGGCUCACAGAGGAACCAAUUAACGAGUAUGUCCAGAGCUGUGAUAUUGUCGCCUUCAACAAGAUCUAGUUCAUGUGUGGAUUGCUGCUAUGAUGAUGCUGGACGGUAUCAUGGCCUAUAAUUUAGUAUCAUCUCCCUCUCCCGCGAUGGAAACCUAUUUAUCAGUGUCAUUGUUUAAGUUUUGAUCGUUUUGACUCUGGAAUUAUUUUCGAGAACUUUUCUUAUAUCUAGAAUGGUUUUGCAAGA